AUUUAUUGAAAUUUAAUAGUUCUUACUUCAACUUUGGUCGAACAUGAAGUUUUCGGUUUUAGCAUUAUUAUUGGCCAUAUUUUUGUUGGCAUUUGCUGCCAAUGUCAAUUCAAAAUCGAUUAGUUUAAAUGCCUUAGAACUGAUCGAUGGAGCUGAUAGUGCUUCAUCAGAAGCUCCCGCUUCUAGCUCAGAAGCAAAUGAGUCAUCAUCUAAUGCUCCAGAAUUAUCUUCAGAAGCUCCCGAGGCAUCAAGUAUAGCCCCCGAAUCGUCUUCUGGUGCUCCCGAGUCUACUUCUGCUGCUCCUGAAUCAUCUUCUGAAGCUCCCGAAUCAUCUUCGGCAGCACCCGGGGAAUCUACUUCUGCUGCACCAGAGGAAUCUUCUUCUAGUGCUCCCGAAUCUUCUUCGGCAGCGCCUGAGGAAUCUUCUUCUAGUGCUCCCGAAUCCUCUUCUGCUGCACCAGAGGAAUCUUCUUCUAGUGCUCCUGAAUCUUCUUCGGCUGCGCCUGAGGAAUCUUCUUCUGCAGCGCCUGAGGAAUCUUCUUCUAGUGCUCCCGAAUCCUCUACUGCUGCACCAGAGGAAUCUUCUUCUAGUGCUCCUGAAUCUUCUUCGGCAGCGCCUGAGGAAUCUUCUUCUAGUGCUCCUGAAUCAUCUUCUGCUGCACCAGAGGAAUCUUCUUCGGCUGCACCUGAGGAAUCUUCUUCUGCUGCUCCUGAAUCAUCUUCUGCUGCUCCCGAGGAAUCUUCUUCUGCUGCUCCUGAAUCAUCUUCUGAGGCUCCCGAAUCUUCUUCUGAAGCUCCAGAACCAUCUUCUGAAGCUCCAGAAUCUACUUCCGCUGCGCCUGAGGAAUCUUCUUCCAGUGCACCCGAGUCAUCCUCCGCAGCGCCUGAAUCUUCUUCUGCCGCACCUGAGGAAUCAUCGUCAACUGAAGCACCGGAAUCUUCCUCAGCAGCACCUGAGGAAUCAUCUUCCAGUGCCCCCGAAUCAUCUUCUGAAGCUCCUGAAUCUUCUUCUGCAGCUCCCGAAUCAACAUCUGAAGCUCCUGAAUCGACAUCUGAAGCUCCCGAAUCGACAUCUGAAGCUCCCGAAUCUUCUUCUGAAGCUCCAAAUGAAAAACCACACCCUCCAGAACGCCCUCCACAUGAUAAACCACAUGGUAAACCCGAUCGUCCGCCACAUGAUAAACCUGAUCGCCCACCACAUGGUAAACCCGAUCGUCCACCACAACAUAAACCGGAACAUCCAGCCGACAUUUCCAGAAUACAAAAGUAUUUCAAGCGCUUGUUUAGGUCUCUAGGAGAUUAUACUGCUGAAGUCAUUGGAGCUGUAAGUAAUGGUGAUGUACCAUUAGAACAAUUCCCUGAUGAUUCCAAUGAACACUCAGGUGAACAUCAUCAAAUUGGCGACAAUGACUCUAACGAAGAAUCAUCCAAUGAAGAAUCGGAUGAACAUCGUCCACAUGGUGAAAACAGACCAGAAUCAAAUGAAGGAUCAGAUGAACAACAACCACAAGACAACCACAGACCUGAUUCUAAUGAAGAAUCAGAUGAACAUCAUCAGCAUGGUGAUAAUCGACCUGGUUCUAAUGAAGGAUCAGAUGAACACCGUCCACAAGGUGACAGACCCGAUUCUAAUGAAGGAUCAGAUGAACAUCGCCCACAUGGCGACAACAAACCUGGAUCAAAUGAAGGAUCAGAUGAACAUCAUCAACAAGGUGACAAUAGACCCGGCUCAAAUGAAGAAUCAGGUGAACAUCAAGAUCAUCAACAAGGCAACCACAAACCUGAUUCCAAUGAAGGAUCAAAUGAACAUCAUCAACAAGGUGACAACAGACCCGGCUCCAAUGAAGAAUCUGGAGAACAUCACGAUCAUCAACAAGGCAACCACAAACCUGAUUCCAAUGAAGGAUCAAAUGAACAUCAUCAAGAAGGAGACGACACCCCUAGUUCCAAUGAUGAAGGAUCAAAUGAACAUCAUCAUGAAGACCACAAUAAACCUGACUCUAACGAAGGAUCUGAUGAACAUCACCCACAUGGCGACAACAAACCUGGAUCAAAUGAAGGAUCAGAUGAACAUCAUCACCAAGGUGACAAUAGACCCGGUUUGAAUGAAGAAUCAGGUGAACAUCAAGAUGGCAACCACAAACCUGAUUCCAAUGAAGAGUCAGGUGAACAUCAUCAAAAAGGUGACGACACCCCUAAUUCCAAUGAUGAAGGAUCACAUGAACAUCAUCAUGAAGACCACAAUAAACCUGACUCUAACGAAGGAUCUGAUGAACAUCGUCCACAAGAUGACAACAGACCCGACUCCAAUGAGGGAUCAGAUGAACAUCAUCAACAAGGAUCUAAUUCUAACGAAGGAUCAGAUGAACAUAAUCCACAAGGACCUGAUUCUAACGAAGGAUCUGAUGAACAUCGUCCACAUGGCGACAACCGACCAGAUGAGCAUUAUCCACAUGGCGACAUCAGACCAGAUUCUAAUGAACAGUUAGAUGAUCAUUAACCAAUAAAUAACCACCACCUAACUAUCAACAAUGGAGUCUGAGUUUAGAUAUAAUAGUGAAGACAUUAAUUUUUGAUUUUUUUCGUUUAUUGAAAGAAAAUUUCAAUUUUAACAAUAAUGUAAGGGUCAACCUUACUUAAUUACUAUAAAAAAUGUAAAUAAAUUAUAUUUAACUUUGAAGAA